AUGACUUUGAGCUACCGGAUAGAUGCAGCUGGAAACGCUCUUAUUGGAUGUCCGCCACACUGGCAGGGCAUUGUGGAUAUCUGCCAAAACGAGGUGUCACGAAGAGAAACUCCUUCGCUCGUGGGCUUCACUGAUCGAGAGCGCUUGCUGGGUGACAGUGCUCUGGCGCUUGUGAAGUCCAAUGCUAAGAACACAUGCAGAAAUUUCAAGCACCUCUUAGGGCAGAAGUUGGACUCCCCUAUGGUGAAGGAGGAGGAGUUUUGGUCCACCUCGGAGAUCUGCCAGUGUCCUGAUGGAACCGUCGGCUACAAGGUGAACUACAAGGGCCAGGAGGAGGAAAUGUCGGCGAUCCGGGUCACCGCGAUGUUCUUGACAAAGCUGAGGGAUGUCACUGAGAAGUGGACCAGUAACAAGGUGGCAGACUGCGUCAUUGGAGUGCCAUCGUACUAUUCUGAUGUGCACAGACAGGCCUUGCUGGAUGCGGCGAAGAUAGCUGGCAUGCCAGUCCUACGCCUCAUGAAUGAGCACACAGCCACUGCAUUGGCCUACGGCAUCUACAGGUCAAAUGACUUUGAUGCCGAGAAACCAUGCACAGUAGCGUUCUGCAACAUGGGACACACCAUGUUCUCAGUGUCCAUAGUGCAGUUUGUGAAGGGCAAACUCACAGUGGUCUGUGAGAAAUGCGACAAGGUUGGUGGCAGGACCAUGACCGAGUGCCUGAUGAGGGAGUUCGCAGCGCAAUUUAAGAAGAAAGUGGGCUGCGAUCCUUUGUCCAACAAGAAAGCUGCCUUCAAGUUGGAGGAGCAAGUGACAAAGACCAAGAAAAUCUUGUCCGCAAACAACGAGGCCCAACUCUCCGUUGAAUGCCUCAUGGAGGAUGAAGACUUCGGCUCCACGAUCACUCGCGAUGCCUUUCUGGAGAUGUGCCAACCCAUGAUGGACAGGGUCAGCGCCGUGCUCGAGGGAGCCAAGGCCACAGCUGCGGCAGCAGGCGUCACCGUGGAGCAGAUCGACUUUGUGGAGAUGAUCGGUGGUGCUUCGCGCGUUCCCUGGGUCAAGGAUUAUUGCUCUAAAGCCUUUGGUGGCAAGGAGCUCUCGACCACCAUGAACGCCGACGAGUCGGUGGCUCGCGGCUGCGCCCUGCAGGCCGCCAUGCUGUCGCCCCUCUACAAGGUGCGUGAAUUUAGCGUGGUGGAUGUGACACCACACCCUGUGACCAUUGGUUGGAUGGGCUCAGCUGCCGAUGCCGAAGCCGAGAAGGCCGAUGAGGAUGGUGAGCACAUGGCUGGAGCAGAGGGUGAGUACAAGACCAUGACUGUCUUCCCGCGCAACAGCGUGAUGGGCACUGUGAAGAUGCUCACUUUCUAUCGAAAGGGACCUUUCGACCUCAAGUUGGAAUACGAAGACACUACCGCGUUGGUGGAUGGCGUGAACAAGUUCUUAGGCAACUUCAAGGUGGACCUGCCAGGGGCUGCAGACACCAAGAAGAUCAAAGUCAAGGCAAAGCUCUCCCUGAACGGCACUUUUGGCCUUGAGAGCGCGCAGAUGUUGGAAGAGGAGGAGUACGAGGAGAAGGUCAAAGAGAAGAAGGAGAUCGAGGUGCCUGCAGAGGAGAAGGCUGAGGGAGAGGCAAAGCCUGACUCUCCAAAGGAUGCCAAGCCAGAGGGUGAAGCCUCACCAGAGGGUGAGGGUGAAAAGAAAGAGGGAUCACCUAAGAAGGAACCCGAAAAGAAGGUCGAAUGGGUGGAAGUUGUGAAGAAGAAGAAGCGCACCAAGCGCACGGAUAUCCCCAUCAUUGCCAGUGACACCUGCGGCCUGCCCGAGAAGUUCUUGAACAAACAGCAGGAUCAAGAAACUGCCAUGCAGGCCGACAUGAAGGAAAUCAUCGAGACCGAUGAGAAAAGAAAUGACCUCGAGUCCUACAUUCUCACAAUGCGGGACAAGUGCAGUGAAGGAGGUCAGUAUGGUGCAUUCAUCAGCUCUGGAGAUCGCGAGAAGCUUGAGUCAGAGCUCAUGAAAGCAGAGGACUGGCUGUACGACAACUUCGACGCUACAAAGGUGCAGUACAUUGAGAAGCUCGACGAGCUGAAAAAGCUCGGUGACCCCGUGGUCUUCAUAUUCAAGGAGGAUGAGAUGCGAGAAGAUUGGAUCAGCGCAGUGAAAGGUACCAUCACCAACUACAGCAAUGCGGCAAAGGGCCCUGGUGACAUGUAUAGCCACAUAGCCCCCGAAAAGCUGGAGAGCAUCGUCAAGGAGUGCGACUCGCUGUCAGCGUGGCUGGCGGACAUGCAGGGCAAACAAGCUGCCACUCCGAAGCAUGACAAGCCAGUGCUGCAUCUUGGCACUGCAGAACGGAGAUGUUGA